AUGUUCUCCUCUCUCCUCCCCAACGUAUCUUCAGGCAUGAAGUUUGGACAAAAUGGGCCGGCCAAGCCCACAAACCGGUUCUCGGUUCGAGUAUUUAAGACCUCAACGAGUGUACCUUUUGCGUAUCCUCUAAACCCCAAAAUGGAUAAUAAUUAUCGUGCGCCGCAAACGCUGCCGCCGCCACCUCCGACUCAACCACAGCAACAAAACGCGAGCUGGUAUCCCUCUAGGUACGUCUCAUUCAUCUGGAAGCGCUACACAACAGUCAAAAACAUGAAACCUACCUAUGCUCCUCCACAUAGCUCGUAUAAUGCCUACGACCAACGACCACGAACUACGCCAAAUUACGCUAUUUAUCCCAGUGCAACGAAUGACACGUUUAUCUAUGAGCAAUCGAUGUGCUCCAAGUCAGAUAUUUUCUCGACCUCCGAGCUGGAUAAUGCUUCAACCACUACCUUUUCCCCAUCAUCUGCAUUCUCGCCUGCGCUUUCUACAGACAGUACAGUCACUCUUCAGGGCAAUCCGAUGGAAGAUCAACGAAUUGUUCGCCCCCAAACUCCUGCUGUUCGUGGGGGAUACCCCCAGACUCUUUCCGCUCCUCAGAGCACUGCAAUGAGCAGGACAGCGUCUUCCAGCAAUCGUGCCCAUGAGGCUGCGUUGACGGCGGAAUCAGUUGAAGAACACCGUAGAUUAGCAAGUCUGGCUGGUCGCUCCACCACACCUUUUCGUGCUCCUGCCCCUCCAACUACAGGCAUGUCACGAGUUCCAUCCACUGGAAGAGGUUUUAUAGAGAUCCCGGAGUACGAACCGAGCACAUUUUCGGAGAUGGAGGUGGAGGAACGCGAUAGAAUCGCCAAAAUCAAUGCAGGAAUCAACUCGGCCUCCACAGGUUCUUUCUAUACUUCAAGUACUGCAUCCUCCAGCGACGGACGUUCAGUCCCAUCCAAUGUUAAUAGAGUCGUUUCCUCGCAACCACUACACCCAAGUCUCCACUUUCCCAGCAAGUCGGAUCCACCCACCCUCUUGCAUAGCUCGGUAAGGCUUGACAGCCCCCCUAGUGUCGAGCGAAUCCCUUCUGAGCUUCCUCCUGAACUCCUCGGUCCCUUGUCACAGUCAUAUCCUGCAGCUAUUUCUCCUAGUCGGAGUCGCGAUGCUGGUUAUCGACCCGAACCCUCUCGCAGGACCUCUCCAAGUUCCUCUGAUCCAGGACCCUCUCGUCCGCAGGACUACACCCAAGACCGAGCUCGCAGGCCUUCAGUCGUCGGACCUCGCCCAGACAUUGUUGGCCAGCGCCCGACCUCGGAGUACCGCGAGUACGGCUCCUCUUACACCACUGUUGACUAUAGGCCACCUACUGGUCCUUCUUCCAGACCGAGCUCAGAUUCGAGCGGGUCAGGUUCAAGAGAACAUGCCCGGCGAGACAAUUUUUUGGCGCCCAACAGCGCGUCUGUACCUCGGGAUUCGUCCGACCAUCGACCUAUUCCCCCGUCUCGUCGCAGUUCUCAGGCAUAUCCAGAUGACUCUCCUCGCUCUCCUAAAGACGGCAGGCCGUACGAUUCUCGUGAUGGAGUAUACAAAGUAGGCCCAUUGAGCACGUCUCCCACCCAAAUGCGCGCCAGUCCAAUUGAGCUUGAGGCCGCUCAACGACAAGCGGCUGCCCAGAAUAGCGCAGUAUUGCCACACGAUCGAGUGAGGACACGUUCCAAUUCGUUUUCGGCACCUAUGCGCCAAAAUCUGCCAUUACAGAUCUCGCCCUCCGACUCGAGGCGUGGGCCUGAAUACGGAUCUAAAAAUCCUUAUUACCCUCAACCCGGCCCUUUGCCACCCACUUCGGCCUACGACAGCCGGCCGGCCCAACCCCAGCCAUCUUCUCUUCCACCUUCAAGAGCCAUGGAUCGUGUUACCUCUCAAAAUGUCGGCAGCUCUCAUGCCCGCGUCCUCACUCAAGAGCCUCCUAGCUCUCGCUCGCAGCCUCCAUACGCAGCAGAUCCCAACUAUUUACAGGCACCCGAUCCAUCUAGAUUUGCGACCAACGGCCUAGUGCCUCGUGGUCCCAUACCUCCUCAGGCGACUGUGAAGUACAUCGACGCGGCAGGCAACGUUCGAACGACAGUCAUGCCUGGUCAAGCUAGCUCCGAGCCGCAGCAGCAAAGGCGUUAUUCGGAUGGCGACCAGAAUAUUCCAUUGAGGCCGCAGCUCUCUGGUAGAAACUCUGCGCCUGCUCUGCGAUCUGUUCGCUGGAACGAGAACUUGAUUUGCCCUUCUCCUUUAUUCGCCAACCAACGCCGCAAAGGGUGGUUCAACCGCAGGGGGGACCAACUUUGGACGAAUGAUGGGGCGUACAAAGCCGCUGCGCCUGGGCAAGAGUAUCCACCUGAUCUUGAUGAUUACCCUGAACAUGGCGAAGGCUGGAUGAACGAGGAAGGCACCCGAAUCGACCUGGGGCACCGUCUGAUUCCGAAACCACCUCUUCGUUCUGCUCUCAAACAACCUAAGGCGUAG